AUUAUUCAAUCUCUAAGCGGACUGCGAGUAUCUCCGCUGAAGUGAUAUGGGACCAAGAAACAACCCGGUGAGAAGAGCGCAUCGUAAUCAAAACGGAUACCCGAGCAAUGCACAUGGUACAGAAGACUACCCUCCGUACCUGCCUCCAGACUACCCAUUGAGCGAUCUCGACAGUAAUACGCCACGGGUCCCGUCAAUCAAUCAGUCAUCAUCAUCGAAUCCGGGUUCGAGUUCGUAUGGUCCGGUGGUGAAUACAGCAUCUACGAGUUCAGGUGAUGAAAGAAAUCCAACAAUUGGCAAUCGCCCUGGACCUGGACUCUAUGAUAAUAAUGUCCCUACUAUCAGAAGUCUUCCAUCUUUUAUUCCACAGCCAGAUUACGAUUAUAUACAGCAGCUUAACAGUUCUAACUCAUUCAAGGAGGAGAAACAGCGUGGAUCCUGCAGAAAAUCAAAUGCUGUUAUCCGCAUACUUGUAGGCAUAGCUAUAGCUGCAGUGAUGAUAUUGUCUAUGAUUUUCUCCACUACUGAUAUCAUAGAUAAAAAUCCAGGCAAUGGCGAUUUGAGGAAAAGCAUGCAGAGCAUGGAUCGGAAUCAGAUGCGCCAAAACGAAACAAUGAACAGAAUAAUGAUUCAAGAUGCAGAGGCACACCGAAAUAUAAAUGCUUCAAUAGAAGAUCUCAAAAACCUAACACAAAGUUUAUUGCCUAGAAUGGAAAGAUACAUUGCCGACCGUAAAGAAGAGCUUCUGAGUUAUAUUUACCAAAGAUUUGCAGGUUGCUGUGGAAACCGCGUUAAUAUCACCGUGAGGGACUGCGUUGACAACUGCACAAACGUUGAUGAUCAUGAUUAUCAGUCCUGCAACACAUGUAAUGGAUACGUCACGUGUUCAAAUGGGCGCCUCUCUAACAUGACCUGUCCUGGAAAACUUGUUUGGGAUGAUUAUAACAAAACUUGUGAAUGGAACAGUACGACUUGUUCGAAAUACGUUUUAUAAGUUAUCUGUAUGUUAGAAUGACUGUUUUCAACGUGAUCCUUUGUAUUGAAUGUCUACAAUUUCAUUGUGAUAUAUCAUCCUUUUGGAGCUAGUGGUUGAAGAACAUUAAACGUAUAUGCAAAUAUAAGAAGUCCAUCCAUUUGUCUGAAAACAAUAGAAAUCUUCCCUCCACCUGUCUGUCUGAAAACAAUAGAAGUCCUCUAUCCACUUGUCUGUUUGAAAACAAUAGGUCUUCUAUCCACUUGUCUGUCUGAAAACAAUUUCAAAACGCCAAUCCCCCACGUGUUUCCGAUUACAAUGAAAACACGUACAAGUGAAGACUACAUGGAGAUCGGACAGAUUGUAAUAUUAUU